AUGCCCUGUCGCUCGAAUCACACAGCGCGCAAGCAGCACUCUCUGCCAGCAGCCUAUUACCGCGGCGGGACUUCGCGCGCCGUUAUGUUCAAGGCGGACGACCUACCGGCAGAUAGAGAAGCCUGGCGGGCACCCUUUCUAGGCGUGAUCGGAAGCCCAGACGCACAGAGCGGGCGACAGCUCGAUGGCAUGGGCGGUGGUAUCUCGAGCCUGUCCAAGGUGUGCGUGGUUGGGCGGUCGCAGUUGACGAAUGACACCGCCGACGUUGACUACACCUUUGUGUCGCUUGGCGUCCGCGACGACCAUGUCGACUACUCGAGCAACUGCGGCAACAUGUCGGCGGCAGUGGGACCCUUUGCCGUCGACGCGGGCCUGGUUGAGGUGCCUGUGACUGCGGUGCCCUGCGAUGUCACGGUCCGCAUCCACAACACCAACACGGGCAAGAUCAUUCACGCCGUCUUCCCCGUUGUAGAGGGCGAGGCCGCUGCCCACGGUGACUUGGCGAUUGACGGUGUUGCCGGAACUGCGGCGCCCGUACGGCUAGAAUUUGUCCGCCCGGCCGGGUCCCGGACCGGCAAGCUGCUGCCGUCGGGCACCGCGACCGAUCUCAUCGGAGGCGUCGCCACGACGUGCAUCGACGUUGCCAAUCCUGCCUGCUUCGUGCUCGCGUCAGACCUCGGGGUCCCGGGCGACUUAACGCCGCAGCAAAUCGACGACCACCCGACGCUGCUCGCAACGCUCGACAAGAUUCGCCGCCAGGCCGGCGUCUUGAUGGGUCUCGCGCCGUCGCCGGAGGAGGUACCUGGUAGCGUCCCCAAGAUCACCAUGGUGUCUCCCGCCGAGGAAGGUUUGACGGCGCGGGCGCUGUCGGUCGGCCAGCCGCACAAGGCGAUACCCGUCACUGUGGCCUUGGCUGCGGCGGCGGCUGCCAAGCUGCCAGGCAGUACGGUAUAUCAAUGCGUACAACAUGGUGGUGAUGGCCUCGUCAUUAAUCAUGCGAGUGGCACUAUAAAGGUGGAUGCCAAGUACGACCAAGACGGAGACCUCGAAGUUGCCACCGUAUUUCGUACUGCAAGGCGGCUGAUGGAAGGGAAGAUUUUCUGGAAAUAG